GCUGCUCUUGAAAUUCCUCGGAAAAGUCCAUUAGGAAAGUUGUUGCAAGGUUGGCAAGAAUGCCCAAUUAGGAGAGGAGCAUCUAAAGAUCGGAUGAUUUAUUUGUGUAUGAAUGUUUGGGGAGGAAAGGAGAUAGGACUAAAUAUUAUAUGGCCUGUGUUUGGUACUUUUGACGAAUGGGCGUGGGAAGCUCUGUGGGAACAUGUAGCGAAGAAGAAAAGGAGAGAAUUUGAGGAAUUGGCAUAUGUUCUGUUAUGGUAUGAGGUACGAGUAAAGCUGUGUUCUGAGGAAAGGGAAACACGGAAUGAACUGGACUACGGGAUAAACUUCUCUCACGGCUCGGUGGCCCCCGUCCUGCCAGCCCCUACCCCUACCACUUCCUCCUCCCCGGCCUUCUCAGGGGCAGAGUUAGCACUGCCAUCCGAGACCCAUGCGGAGCCCCGAGCUCAGCGGCCACUCCAGAAACCUCCCUCCCGUUCAAGGAGAUUCCCGAGAGGGAAUCCUGCCCCCGUUUCUGGUCCUGACCCCGCACCUCGGCCACCGACGCUAAAAUAUGGAGAAAAAGAGAAGAAGGGUAAGGAAAACGAAGGGUGGAAGAAUAAACCAGACAGGUAUACACCAGUUAGAGCCCUGGCUAAAACCAGGACCCCCGAAGGAGAUCUUGAAGAGCCCGGGAGGGAUUCGGGGUGGGACAGUUGGUGUGAGAGCAAGAAUGGCCCGGGAGGAAAAAAGGGGGAAAAGAAGCAUUCCCGUAAGAAAUUUGACAGUAGAGCAAAACAGAAAUUACCAAAGGUGAACUGGAAUGCAUUAGAGAAUAACUAGUGGUGUUGGGAAGCGUGCAAAUUAGAAAUGCGAGAAUUCACGUGAGUCUGCAAAAGGAGAAAAAGAUAGAAAAGAGAUUAAAAGGAAUCUUGCCUACUCUUUUCCUUGGUGGUGGUAGAUCUUUUACUUCAGGCUGAAUACAUUUUGGAGGCUCCCUAGAGUUGUGUAUUUUGCUUUAAGAGUUUUUUUUUCUCCUGGACGAGAUCGGCAGAGUUGUUUUUUUUUCUUUUUUUCUUCUUUUCACUAACGUGGGAAUGGAACGAAACCCGCCCCCUUCCCGCAAGCGGCAGGGCGAGUCAGUCCAUGGUUGCCGGGAGACGAAGGAAAGCGGCAGCUUUAAAGUGAUUAGACGAGGCUGCCCGGGACAGAAAACCGCCCUGUAAGGCGAAAUAGGAAGCAAAAAUGGAUAAAAGUAUUGAGAGAAGAGACCAAGAAUGAGAGCUAUACUUAUGCGUAGGAAAUACCUAGGUGUUUGUUCUUGAAAAGCUGAAAAUAUAUCUUCCUUUUAGUUGUCUGUCUGCUGCAUGUGAGGAUUUUGUGCAGAUCAAAAGGUUGAUAGUAUGGUGGAUGUAGCUCAUCUAUGUUUAAAACAAUUGCUACAUUUUGAAUUCGGAUUGUUAGCUUGAGCAGGAAUAUGGCAUUUGUGUUGGCAGACAGUGUACUGCAAGGGUUUUGUGUGUUUCAGUUUUUCUUUCAAAAGGUUGAAGCAUGUGGCCGGUGAAGCCAAAAUUAAAGUGGCUGUUGAGAGGCAGGAAACUAAAUCUUUCUGUCGAGAUAGUGUUGGAAUGGUAAUUGGAGUCAGGAUUCUAGUAUUAAGUUGGGAAAGUGGUAUAAUUCUCUGUGUUGGUAGUUACAGGAUUUUUCUUUAUUCUUUGCAGUUCCUAUUCUGUAUGUAUUUUAUCUAGUCGGGAACCGGGAUUCUUAAUUUUAAUUAUUGACUCCUUAGAAGGAGAUGGUUUGUGUUGUCCCUUUGAUAUUAUGUCUUCUUACUUGCUCCUCAAUUUGGAGGAUGUGAACCUUGAGGUUGCCCUGGUGCCUGUGUUUUCAGGGGUGGAGAGUAAGUGAUGUAUGAGAGGCAGCAUUUUGUCACCGGUGUUAAGUUUGGUUGGUGUUUGCUUGUGUAUUUAAGUUUAAUAAUACGCAAGAAUGGAUAGCAAAUACAGGAGCUUUACUUUGGGAAUUAGGCACAAGUUAUCUCGAGUUUGUUUGUUAAGAAAGGCUAAGUUUGUGAAGUUUUUUUGGACUGAAGUAAAAAGCAGUAGUGUUAAUGUUCUGAUAAUUGUACUAGAUAAAGCUGUCUGAUUACCGGGGCCUGAUGUUUACAGUGACUCCUGGCGUUGGAAAACUUUUCUGGGUUUUAAGUUCCGAAUUUAAGUAAUGUAUGGUUUAUUACAGAGUAAGUUCUGCUCUUUGUAAUAGUUUCUUCUAUUUGGUGUGCUUUGUUUUUUUCUGUCUUGUUAAAAUACUCCCCCAGGAUUAUGGGUGAGGUCUUAAGUUUUUCUCUUAAUUUGUACAAAUUUUGCUUACUGCUCACUGAUUGUUUGAAUUGGCUCUCUGAUGAAGUGAAGAAGUCACUUCAGCUACUGCUGCAGGAUUGUAUCUUGCCACGCUGAAAUAGGGGUCUGCAGCUGAUCCUGUCUGUGAGAAAUGGUUUGUAGACGGAUCUGCAUGAGUAGUUGACGGGAACUGCCCCGGUAUAUUAACCGGGAGUUCCAGCUUUUCGUGGAUGUUAGCAAUCACACGGUGUAUGGAGUUCUUACACAGGAGUGGGCGGGAGCCAGGAAACCGGUGGGGUAUGUUUUAAAUGGCUUACUGAAUCCCGGCUAUUGAAAUAUGAGGCAAUUCUGGUAAAUUCCCCGGAGUUAGAACUCCGUACUGCUGCUGCUCGAAACCCCACCCAGUUUCGGUCCUGGGGAGGAUCUGAGGAGUGUAGUCACAAUUGCUAUGAGGCAGUGGAAUUACAAACCAAAAUAAGAAGUGUCGCCAUCAAGCUAACAGCAGAGCUGAAAGGUCCGAUAGUGCUUCUGGAAUUGUGUUAAUUUUGCUGAUCAUUAGGGGUGGCUGAAGCAAGGGUGAGAAGCAGUUGUGAAGGCAGAUGCUUCUUGGGGGCUGAGUGAGAAUGGCCAUGGCAGGGUGCACAUCGAAAAUAGGGACAAGGUGGUCCCAUUGUCUCACUCAAGUUGCUUCCUUCUUUUGGCUGUGUGUAUCUGAGAAUGUGCUGAGUAGGGGUCUGGAAUAUAAAUUUGUAGUUCAGUUAAUUAGCAGAAGUGCAGACUCAUUGCACUGAGACUGUAGAAACUGAGUGAGGAUGUGUGUAACCUUAACAGCUGAUUGUCCUGGAAACUGCUGUUGUCACAGAGCAUUGUAGGAUACUGGGUUUUAUGAAUGUUUGUCUGUAUACCAAAUCACUCUGAAUGUGCUGAGUUUGGUUCUUGAAAUAAGCCCAAAUUGUUUGUGCUUGUCUAUGAUUUUUUAACUGAAUUUUUCUUUAAAAAGCUAAAACCUGUGUUAAUGCUAUGGGAUUUGGAGUAGUCUUAGUGUUUAUUGUUUACUCGCUAUAUAUCCAGUGGACAUUGUCAGAAGUAUUGGUAGAAUGUAAAAAGAAUUGUUUGUAUGUUUCAG